UUUUAAUUAUAAUGUAUAGAUAAUUGUAAAUAGUUGGUGAAGCCAAAACACGUACAUUUGUAAAUUGUUUCAUUAAUUAUUGAAGAGGUGUGGAAGUGACCGACCAAUCGUAACGAUCCAAUCAUUUUUUUUUUCUUCUCAAACCACUCGAUUAAGUAUUUCAAGUUGUUGUUCAUCCUGAAUACAGUUUAGUUAUCAAAAUACAACGAAACUAUGCGUUAUUUUUUUAUUUUUUUUAUUUUUUUUAAAUUCAAUUAACUCUUUGUAUUUUAUUUAUACAAAUGAAUUUUAUUUUUAAAUUAUUAAUUAAUUAUUCUGUUAUUUAAUUGUUGAAAUAUUAAAGAAAAUAAAAAAUGUUAUCGUCACGUAAAAAAUGGGAUAUUCAAGUAUCAGAUAUUGCAAGAAAAACUCACAAUCCUAUUAGAUCAAUUGUUGAAAAUAUUGUAGUUGAGCCAAAUCCAAAUAAAAAACUUAUAGCACUGUCAAUUGGUGAUCCAACGACAUUUGGUAAUUUAAAACCAGAUGAAGUUAUUAUUAAAGCUGUUCAAGAUAGUGUUGCUUCACAAGAUUACAACGGUUAUGCACCAAGUACAGGAUAUCUUAAAGCACGAGAAGCUGUUGCUAAAUACAGUUCAAAUGAAUUUGUAAAAAUUGAAUCAAAUGAUGUUAUACUCUGCAGUGGAUGUUCGUGUUCACUUGAUUUGUGCAUUACAGCACUAGCUAAAGAAGGCCAAAAUAUUAUAAUACCAAGACCUGGUUUUUCAAUAUAUCGCACACUUGCUGAGGGUCUUGGUAUAUCUGUUAAAUCUUACACUCUUUUACCUGAAUAUGGUUGGAAUAUUGAUAUUGAAGAUCUUAAAUUACAAAUUGAUGAUAAUACUGCUGCAAUUAUUAUCAAUAAUCCAUCAAAUCCAUGUGGAUCUGUUUUUAGUCGUGAUCAUUUGUGUGAUGUCCUUGAUGUUGCUGCUAAAUAUCAUGUACCAAUUAUUGCCGAUGAAAUUUAUGAACACAUGGUUUUUCCAGGUAAAAAAUAUCAUUCAUUAGCUUCAUUGUCAACAGAAGUUCCUAUUCUUUCUUGUAGUGGAUUGACAAAAAGAUUUCUUGUUCCUGGAUGGAGAAUGGGUUGGAUUAUUAUUCAUGAUCCUUUAAAUAUUUUUGACAAAGAAAUACGAAAAGGAUUACAGUGUCUCAGCCAAAGAAUUAUUGGUAGUAACACAAUUGUUCAAGGUGCUCUUCCAACGAUUCUUAAAAAUACACCACAAAUUUUUUUUGAUAAUGUCAUCAAUUUACUUUAUAAUCAUUCGAAAUUAAUUUAUAAUUUAAUUUCAAAAAUUCCUGGAUUAAAACCCAUCAAGCCAGAUGGUGCCAUGUACAUGAUGGUGUACAUUGAUUUAAAUUCUUUCUCAGAAUUUGAUACAGAAGUUGAUUUUGUCCAAAGAUUAUUAAUGGAAGAGUCUGUUUUUUGUCUUCCUGGCAAGUGUUUUGAUUAUCCAUCAUAUAUGAGACUGGUUAUAACAAUUCCAAUAGACAUGCUAGAAGAAGCUGGUAACAGAAUACAUGAAUUUUGUAUUCGACAUCAUAAAAAAAAUUCAGAAGAACUUUUUAAAAAUUGUAUUGAUAGCCUUGAAAUUCCAUAUUAAAAAAUAUAUUUACUAUUAAAUUUAUCAUCAGCUAAUUAUUGAAAUUAUUGUUAAUUUUUUUGUUGUUAUUUAUAAAUUUAUUUACCAGUAUUUACAAGAC